AUGUCAAAUCUCGCCGUAAUACCGCGGACGCUCCGGCACUGCCGCAGUUCACCACUCGUCACAGCACGGCCCGGAGCCGUCCUGGCAGCACGUCGAUUCCCGCAGCUGCAGCAGCAGAAUAGAUGGCUGGCCUCUAACACUGGCGCUGUAACAGGAGGUGGGAGUGACUACCAGCUCGGCCCCGCAAACACUGUACAGCCGCAGCCCGGCACCCAAGUUGUUGGCGCGAUUAAUGAUAGUGGUAGAGGUGGUAGUGGGAGUGGCGGUGGUGAUGGUGGUGGGAGCAGUGGGAGCAGUGGGAGCAGUGGGAGCAGUGGGAGCGGUGGGAACGGUGGGAACGGUGGGAGCGGCGGACAGAAACAUAAAGGACAUGAUUGGAGCGGUACGGCGUGGAAGGUCUUUGAGGCCGCGGCAACCACAGGAAUGAGUCUGGGUGUUUUGGGUGAGUGGGAUAUAGAUGGUGGAGCGAAUGGAUACGGCUACCACAGGUACUACAAGAGUAUCGUGCUCCAGAAGAUUGAUAACGCGUUCAACCUGGGCCAUGACCCAGCACUGAGUAUGGCAACGGCGUGCGCAGACAAGGAUGAUGAACAACCUUGGAUCGUGCUCCCGCAGCAGAAAAAGAUCAACAGGAUCAUAGGCGGUGACCCACGCGGACGCUAUUACCUCCUCGUCGGAGAAAAGGGGACCGGAAAAACAUCCAUGCUCCUCGCGGCCAUGCACAAAGUCGAAGGCGAUUCCUGCUCCAUGAUGGAAGCCCACGCCGACCCCGAAAUUUUCCGUCUGCGCCUCGGAAAGGCCCUCGAUUUCGAAUUCCACGAGGACUAUAUCGGCUCCCUCUUCUCCAUCCGCGGGCCCCGCGACACCACCGCUCUCCUCGACAUUGAGCGCGCGCUCAACAAGCUUGAGAAGGUGGCCAUCAACCGGCGCAAGGCCGAGGGUGAAAAGUCAAAGCCGCUGGUCAUGAUCAUAAACAGCAUGCAUCUGCUGCGCAAUGACGAGAACGGGCGAGACUUGCUGGAGCUUCUGCAGCAGAAGGCGGAGGCAUGGGCGGCGAGUCAGCUGAUCACGAUGAUAUUGAACAGUGAUGAUUACUGGGUGUAUGAGAGGCUGAAGCAGUACGGGUCGCGGAUGGAGCUGAUCUCGGUCAAGGAUCUACCGAGAUCGCAGGCGAUCGCGGCACUCAAGAAUUAUAGGAUGAAAUAUAGGAAGGAGGAGCCGCCGAAGCAGGAUAUCCUCGAGCAGGUGUAUGAUCUUGUCGGCGGGCGUCUUGCCUUUCUGAAUAAGGACGAGAAGACGUGGCUGUUGAACAAGUGUGGUCUGCUUGGGAUGGACAUGGACGAUGAUGUGAUGGACCAGCAGAAGUUUGCGUCCUCAGCCAUGGUGCUUGUGAGGCAUUUGGUGGAGAAGGAGAAGGAGGACGCGAAGAAGGCGGAGAACGCUGGACAUGAUCAUGGAAUACAUGGGCAUAAGCUGCCGGAGUUGGAGCUCAAGGUUAGGGCCGAUAGCGUACCCAUGAUGAAUGCGUUUAGAGAGGUGGUGGCCGAAGAGGGAUUUGAUGAGUACUUGGAAGAUACGCUGCAGAGAAUCAGUGAUAUCGAGAGUUUGGGCAGAACGAGGGAGAUCACAAUAAAGGAUCUUUGGCAUGGCGGGAAGUACAAUAUGACGGUUAAGAACCAUAAGGGCCAAACUGAAAAGACCAUUUCCUGGGACGUGACACCCGGUGACAGAGACGCGGAAAAAUCGGAUGAUUAG